CGCGGAAGCUCGCGGCUUCGAGAUCUGCCAGACUGAUCGCCUCACGAGGGAGUGGGCGCGUGGUAGCCAGAAAGGCACGGAGCAGACGAAGCGGGAGGGGGCGAGAGAAGGUGCGCGGGCACGGGGCUCGAGGGCCGCUCGUGGUCAGUGACGAAGGAGGCCGUAAGUUACGCACGGAGCGAGGAGAGGCACGCGCGGAGCGGGAUGGCGGCUCCCCGCCCCAUUAAAGGCAUCCUCAAGAACAAGAAGAGCAGCGGCGCGGGCGCCAGGACGCCGGGGCCGGAGGUGGCGCUGAUCGAGAGUCCGGAGCGAACGAUGCCGUGUGGGGCCGCCGAUGACGACCAGCAAAAGAAGUCACAGAAGUGGGAUGAAAUGAAUAUACUGGCUACUUACCACCCUGCAGACAAGGACUAUGGACUGAUGAAGAUUGAUGAGCCCAGCACACCAUAUAACAGGAUGGUAGGGGAUGAAGAUGACGAGGGGACACACAGUGAUACGGAGACAAACGCAGGCCUCACGGCAGAUGACCUAGUUAAGAAGCUGGCAGCAGCAGAGGGGGAGGAACCUCACUUCAUGAGAGAUGAGGAAGAGGAAGAGAGCAGUGAGGAAGAGGAGGAACUCAGCCCAGAGGCACAGGCCAAAAAGAAGCAGUUUGAGAUGAUGAGGAAAAUGCAUUACAAUGAAGGUCUCAACAUUAAACUGGCCAGGCAGCUCAUAGCCAGUGAGCUUGAAGAGGAAGAGGAUGAAGAUGAAGAAAUGAAGGAUGACACAGAGACGGAAGACAUCAGUGUAGAUCCCCCACAAGAAGCUGAUUCUUUGGAUUCCUAGAAGAUGGAGUGCUCUGUCGAUUCCCCGACAGCUUGUGAAACAUUUGGGCGCAGGUAGUCGCUUCAGAGUCGGUCAAAGAGCACUUCUUUACAACCCUGCCAUCCAAGUUUGUGUUUAUGAACACUGUAAUACAAAGUAUAUCAGUCUGAAAGUUGUUUCUGUUGCCAAGAGUCAUCCUUUUAUUGUCAGGAAGUGGAGUGAAACCUGACAACUGCUAUAGUGGACUGUUUCACUGAUUCCUCCUCGCUGCCUCCCGAAGGGCCAGUGUUGCCCGGCACAGCCUGGAGGACCGCCGCCGAACUGCUCGCAAUGGGGGUGAGGUGGGGAUGUUAGGGGUGACAAGCUGCUUUUGUUUUCUUGUUUUCUUUUGCCCCCCUCAAUGCCUGCUCAGCGACCACCAGAACCACCGUGUGUGAUUUUUUUUUCCCCUGUGAUGAGUAGGAUUUCUGUGUUCGAUAUAAUUUUAUUAUGCUUUAAUUUUUCUCAUUUCUUCAAAGAUGUAUUCUAUCCUACUUCCUUUGUAACAAAUAGACCGCUUUCAGCUAGCUUGUGGGAACAGUAAUAAAAGGUGAUUGAUCCAUUUAUUCCCCUGUUUAAUAUGCCUUUUGCAAAUGUAAGCCUGGCGCACUAAACCCUGGUCUUGGAGGAAUUCCUCUGAAUGCUGGUGCUUACAGCAAGGUUACAGUUAGGUUUCAUUUGGUAACAGCUAAACAGUUCUUUACUUAGUGUGUGACUAUAGUAACAGUUACAGGAUGCAGAAUGAUGGGUAUAGGUUUGCCUGUGCCAGUGAAACAUGUUCCACUUUGUAUUGCUCACAUGUGAACCUUGGUGAAAAUUACAAAUUUAUGCUGUGGUUACUUAAGAUUAUUAAAUUAAGGAGCUUUAAACUAAAUAAUGCAACUACGCAAAUGUGAUUUGUAAAUCUUGUAUUUUACUAUUUUAAUUGGUACUACCACACCAGAAGUCUAUCUAACAGUAAAGAGGGCAAAGUAGGUCCUGCCUGGCUACUUGCUUUCAGCUGGAUGGAAGAGCAGCAUGAACAGGGUUACUGCAACAGCAGAGCUGACAACCACUGCGAUGACAGCGAGCACUUAAAACAUUAUUGAUGUACUACAGCUUUCAUUGUAUAUGAAGGCCUGAUCUACUGAUACAUAUUUAUGUUUUUGUAAAUACACUCUUAUGUUAAAAGCUAGUGUAUAAAAUUUGGACAUUAUGUAAUUAAAAAGAAUAUAUACAAAGAAACUACAUCUGUUUCUAAAUAUCCUGUGAAAACCCUGCUGUAGAUGUGUUAUUACUGAAGUGUGGCAGUACCAUCCAGUAGUUGUUGCACUGAAACUGUUGUUUAGCCUUCUAAGUAUCCCAAAAAAAAAAAUAGCCUGGAUCUAAUCCCAGCAACUGCUAACUACUGUAAGUGAGACUGCACUCAUGUUUUCUUAAAUCAAGCUUUUUUUCCCCAAGGGGACUUUGUCCUUUCAGGAUUUGGACAUCCUGCUUCUUAAGGAUGGAGAUGGAGAUUUUUUUUUUUUUUUUUUAAUUGAACCUCUGCUUUUGCAACAUUUAUCACCAUGCCUAUAUAAUAUUAUAAUGGAGGAUUAUAUGAUGUUGUUUGCUGAUCAAUGAAUAACAGAGGAUAAACUGUAUGCACAAACAGCCUAUGACCAACCCAAGUUUGAAAAAUACAUAUGGCACUGGUCAUAAUAACCUAAAGCUACACUAUAACAUGAAACAGAUCUCUGGAGGUUAGUGUGUUAAGUUCCUGUAAACUGUAAUGAGUUCUAAUUUUGGUUCUCUUAAUAGUAUAAUAAGUUCGUUAUUGCUUUCUUAUGAAAUAAUAAAAUUGGCUUGAACACGUUAAAGUGUUUGCAAUCAUGAAUUAUUUUUUUUGGGCUGGAUCACGUGGAUUAAGCAAAUCUGAAUUAAUCUAUGUGCCCUGGGAAUGGAAACACAUUGUGAUAUUUUUGUGGGUCUGACGGUAUGUUGACAUGCGUGUGCAGCGAGUUAUAUGUGCCCUUAGGAGAGGUUAUUCUUGAGAAGGCCUAAGGGCUGGAUGUGUGCAAUCACACACCUUCUUUGUGAAGGUCUAGAGAGCAGUCUAGAAUUUUAAGGGAAUCCAAAGUCACUAAUCACACAAGUUUGAGUGAUGUGGCAUGAAAAUUACUGGCAGCGCAUUAAAGAAGGUUCCAGAGUACCUUCUGAGACUGACCAUUGCCCUGUAGCUCUAGGAUUCAUUAACUGUUACACUUAAGUGAUUGUAAGAAUAUUUAAAGAGUGCUUCUCCUCUGGCCACAGUUCUUUAUGCUGAAAUGAUUUAAGUAUUUUAAGUUGGCAUGUUCUUACACCUAAGGAUGUGUGUAAUUAUUUUUGUGUCCAAUAAAUUAAGAUGUCAAACUGUAA